AUUUUUUGAUGAAAUUGAUGUAAGUUGAAUCUUUGGUAGAUGAAUAUUAUAAUAUUCACCCAAUUUUCUAUUCUUUGAUGAGUAAUUUACGUUACAUCAAUUUCAUUUUCAACAAUACUGUUUAUAUGUGUGUUAUUGACUUUGCAAACAAAAUGUGCGUAAUUGUCACAAAAAAUCACAAAAAAAUAAAAGAGAAAUGAAAUAAUAUCCAUAAUCAAUAUUCACCACCCAAUUUUUGGUUGCACUUUUUUUUCACAGUUUGAAGAAGCUGAUUUGAAAUUUUGAGAGAAAGUGAGAGAAAGAAGACUUGAAAGGUGAAAAUGACAAUUGGAACUAUUGCACCUGAGAAGAGGAAAUCAAGGAAGAACAAAGAACUUGUUGAUGAGAAUGCGCCUUUGGUACCGAAGUCUCAAGAGAGAGAUACCGAGUUACAUGAAUUUAAUGGAGCUUCAUUUUCUGGAGCUGUGUUCAAUUUGUCGACGACAAUCAUUGGUGCUGGAAUCAUGGGCUUGCCGGCUUGUGUUAAGAAGUUGGGAAUGGUGCCUGGUCUUAUUACCAUAGUUUUAACGGCAUUAUUAACAGAGAAGUCGAUUGAGUUCAUGAUCAGGUUUUCGAGGGCAGGAAAUCUUACUUCCUAUGGAAGUCUUAUGGGGGAUGCCUUUGGGAAAUAUGGAAAAGCACUUCUGGAGAUAUGUGUUGUAAUCAAUAACACUGGUAUUCUGAUUGUUUACAUGAUUAUUAUUGGGGAUGUGGUUUCUGGAACAACUUCAAGUGGAAUUCACCAUCCUGGUAUCCUUGAAGGAUGGUUUGGUGUUCAUUGGUGGACUGGGCGUACAUUUGUUCUUGUAUUUACGACACUUGCAAUUUUUGCACCUCUGGUCAGCUUUAAGAAAAUUGAUUCAUUGAGAUUCACAUCUGCAAUAUCAGUUGGAUUAGCAGUUGUUUUCCUUAUCAUUGCUGUGGGGAUCUCAAUUAUCAAGAUUAUUAGCGGAGGCAUUGGAAUGCCUAGACUCUUCCCGGUCAUUACUGACACAGCUUCAGUUUUUGAUCUAUUCACCGUAGUUCCUGUGCUGGUGACUGCUUACAUCUGUCACUACAAUGUUCACAGCAUAGAUAAUGAAUUGGAGGAUUCAUCCUGGAUGCAUGGCGUUGUGCGUACUUCCCUUACUCUAUGCUCUUCAGUAUACAUACUGACAAGCUUCUUUGGGUUCCUCCUAUUUGGUGAAGACACUCUUGAUGACGUUCUUGCCAAUUUUGACACUAAUCUUGGACUUCCUUUCGGUUCUGCGCUCAAUGAUGCUGUUCGUUUUAGCUAUGCUGCACAUCUCGUGCUUGUAUUUCCGGUAGUUUUCUAUGCAUUAAGGGUCAACAUAGAUGGUCUCAUAUUUUCCUCUUCAAGAAGGCCUUUGGUUGUUGAUAACUUCAGAUUUGCAUCAAUUACUAUUGCCCUUGUUGGCAGUAUUUUCAUCGGAGCAAAUUCAAUUCCUAGCAUUUGGGAUAUUUUCCAGUUCACUGGAGCAACAGCUUCUGUUUGUGUAGGAUUCAUAUUUCCAGCUGCAAUCACUUUGAGGGAUCAUUACAACAUAGCAACUAAAACAGACAAGAUUCUGUCUGUCCUUAUGAUAGUUCUUGCCGUCUUUUCAAAUGCCGUGGCUAUAUACAGUGAUGCCUAUUCCUUGAUCAACAAGAAUAAAACUUAAUGUGAGUGAUUUCUUGAUUUGAUAUCUCAAAGUACAGGUAUUUUCAUACUUUCCAAUGAAAGGAACAUAAUUUGCGAAGGUUAUAUGAAAUUAAUUUUUUCGAUUGUAUGUUGGGUUGAUUAAAUAUAAACAAAGCUACCAUGUGUACAAAUAUUCUUCAAAAAUGUGUGAAGACUCACAACAUGUUCAACCUUGUUUGUAAUAGAAUAGUGUUAUUUGAACACAACUGUCGAUAUGCCUAGAAGAAAAAUAGAAAAAAUAAAAAAACACUAAACCGUAUAUUUAUACGGUGUCUGACAACAUAUUUGUUGUCAAAAUAUCAUUUCUCUUAUAAUAUGCUCGUUGUUGAUGUAACUGCGGAGGUUCUGUUAAACGCGCCUCUAUUUCUGUGGCUUCAUCUCUCACAUUAAUGGAUAAAGGACUGAAGGGAUGUCCUGUUGCUUAUGAAAGAAUGGUUACUGUUAGCAUUUUUUGGGCAAGACAAACAGAAAUUUGAUUAUGGAUUUGAAUGUGUGGCUUUUAAUAGUUUGUUUUCUAAACUUUCAUAGAAAUUGAACAUUUGGUUCAAUUCACUGUAUUGCACAAUUCUUAUGUAAUUAAAUAUUUUUUAGAUUAAGUGUUUCAUUGAAUAUAAUAGCACCUGCAAAUUUAUUUGUAUUCGUA